UCUCUAGUUUCUCUAUGGUUUUUCUGAAUCCUGGAAAUUGUGUUAAAAUUUUUCACAUUUCAUUUUGUUAAAUUUAACGAAAUCAAUCAUAGAAUGAUCUAAAUUGCAUAAUUGCAACAUGAUUCAUUUUAAAGAUACUAAAAACAAAUCUGCCCUCAGUACAAGAUGGGCUCAAAUGUCGAAACAAGAACAAAUCAUCGAGAAAAAGAAGAUGGAAAUCCAAGCUAAGCUAGAGGCUCAGAAACAGGCGGCAGCCCUCGCAGCUCAAGCAAAGCUAUCGAACCCAACUGUAAAAGAAGAAACAGGGUCUCCUAACAUAUUCUCUAAUGAUGGUAGCUUCAUGAGUCAAUAUAAAUCUCUUAUUGAUAAACAAAAUAGAGAAAAACAGGAGAAGGAGGCAAAAGAAAAGUUAGAGAUUGAGGAAAGUAAAAGGAUAAAGAAUGAGAGUAAGCCCAAGACUGUUGCUGUUGGAAAGAAAGAGGUGCAAGAUGCUAUUGAAACUUUUAAUCAGGUUACAGAGAGAAAACCGGAGAGGGGUUUAAGAGACAGACAUAGACGGUGGAAUGAUAGAGGAAGAAACAGGGCCCACAGCCCCAUGACACCAGUUAUAGAAGAUAGAAAGAAGAUGCUUGAUAAUACAAAUAUACCAUCACUAAUGCAGCUCACUGUCAGGCCUCCAGAUGACGAUUCUCCCCCUCCUGGUGGACAUCACCAAUGGAACUCCCAUGAUGGCAAUUCUUCCAAUGAGGAGUAUGACUAUGACAGACAACAAGAUGACUCGUAUAAUGAUGGCCAAGAAUCUGAUUCUGGACCUAUGGGUUCUGAUCCUAUGAUGCGAAUGGGGCCUGGACAAGGUGGUCCGGGACCAAUAGGUGGUCCAGGAACAAUAGGACAUGGACCUAUGGGACCUGGACCAAUGGGGCCAGGACCCAUGGGCCAUGGCCCCAUGGGGCCUGGACCAAUGCCUCCUGGGCCGAUGCCACCUGGACCCAUGCCUCCUGGACCAAUGGGACCUGGAUUAAUGGGGUCUAGACCAAUGGGACCUGUACCUAUGGGUUUUGGACCUAUGGGGCCGGGUCCAAUGGGACCUGGUCCGAUGGGCCCCGGCCCUGUGCCACCAGGCCCUAACAUAAGGCCAGGGUCAAAUCCAGGUCCUAAUAUGGGUCCUGGUCCUAUGAUGGGCCCUGGACCAAAUAUGCCCCCUGUACCACCUUUUAUUGGUGGACCGCCGAAUUUUCCUAUGCCUCCAAAUUUUAUGGGACCUAAUGGUCCUGGUGGACCAUGUGGCCCUGGUCCAAUGCCUCCCAACAUGUGCGGUCCAGAUAUUCGUGGACCUGGGCCGAAUGGCCCAAUGCCUCCAUUUUUCCCACCAUUUAAUAACUCUCAAAUGCCUGGCCCACCAAAUCCAAUGUGUAUGCCAAACUCUAUGAACCCACCAAUAGGUCCAAAUGGAUCCAACUUUGGACCUCAGCCUCCGUUUGGGCCUGGUGGUCCCAAUUUCGGACCUAAUGGCCCACCCAAUAUGUGCCCACCUAACAUGCCCUUUAUGCCACCAGGCCAAAUGCCCCCAGGACAAAUGCCUCCAAAUUCGUUGCCAUCCAACAAAGGCCCAGAGAUAAAGCCAUUAGAUAACAUUCCCACACCAGAGCCAAUGAAACUCCAGAACAUACCUCCUCCAAUGCCAAUGACAUUGAACCAUAUACCAAAACCAAAGGACAUGGAACCAGGAAAAAUACCAGCUCCCCCAAGACCAGUUCUCUCUGCAGAUGCGUGCCCGCCCCCCGUGCACCGCGCCGCCGCCGAGGUCGCGGCCAACGGCGACCACUGGGAAAAUGUGCUGAAAGCAAUACAAGACCAAAAUUUGUGGUUUCUUCAUAAUACUAACUCCCCCGAGUACAGGACUUACAGGAGUCUUGUAGCUAAAAUUCGCAAUGAUGGCUCGUUUAAUAGAAAACCCGAGGUGAAGCCUGAAGACAAAUAUGAGCCCGAAUUCUCAUUGGAGGACGAUGACAGCAAUGAUUACAGAGAUUCGAAGGAGCAGUGUAAUGACAGUACACAAGAGAUAUACUACAACCCAUACCAGCACAAGCCUGUGAAGCGCGAACAGGCCAGCUCCCAGAGCGAGGAUGAGUUCGACAGCAGGAGAGACAGGCGCAAGAGGAAGAAGUCGCGCUGGGGCGACGACCCGCCGCCGGCGGACAUCAAACCGCCCGGGGUCGUUGCCCCCUUGCCCUAUGGUAUGCCAGAUGCCAAACUGUCAAGAAUAGACGAAGGAGGUCUCAAGCUCACCAACAUCAACCGCAACAACCAAGCGCUCAUGCAAUAUGCUAUGACCAACUAUGGCACCACCAACCUCGACCCUGACGACUGGAAGAAGUGUGAGGAUAACUUCAAACUCAACUUAUUGUACCAGGAUAUGUUGAAGAAGCGUCAAGAAGUGGAGCGACUGGCGUACUCGGGGAAACACAAGUACGAGUAUGACAGUGACGAGGAUACCGCCGACGGGACCUGGGAACAUAAAUUGCGUGCCAAAGAGAUGAAUGCCACCGAGAUCUGGGCGACGGAGCUGACGAAGCAAGCUGCGGGGAAACAUCACAUCGGAGACUUCCUGCCUCCAGAGGAACUCAAAAAAUUCAUGGAGAAAUAUUCAGCGUGCAAGAGCGGCAAAGAGCCGGACUUGAGCGACUAUAAAGAGUAUAAGCUGAAAGAGGACAACGUUGGUUUCAAGAUGCUGCAGAAGCUCGGCUGGAAUGAAGGCCAGGGUCUGGGAGCCGAGGGUACUGGCAUCGUUGAUCCUAUAAACAAGGCAAAUCAGCCAGUAGCCAACAUGGGUUUGGGCGCGUCCAGCUCUGACCACGUGUCAGCGGACGAUGACGAGUUCGACGCCUACCGUAAGCGGAUGAUGCUCGCGUAUCGCUUCAGACCUAACCCUUUGAAUAACCCGCGUCGGCCGUAUUAUUAAAUUAAUGUAACUUUCACGAAAAAAUCCCCUUCCAUAAAUAUCUUCCGUCACUAAUAUAAAAUAAACGAAUAAAUUAUUAUAAUCAUAAUCAUAGUUACUGCAAUUUUUCAUUCUCUUUUCAAAUUGCACAAUAACGUUAUGAAUGGGUAUAAAGGUCGUACCUCACUUAUAGUCUCCGCACACUAGCAGUGGCGUGCACUUCAUAUAUACAAGAAUGCACUGCCUACCCUCAGGACUCGAUACAAACCUAUGUUGGACCACAGAAUACAUGGUUGGGCAAGGAAUUUUCCAAUUUUUACUUAUAGUGCAUACCCCAGUUAAAAACCUUAUGCACGUCACUGCACACUGCAGUUGGCAGGGAAUAGACGGGCUGAAAAGGGUUAGAGCUCGGAGCCGUAUAGCAAAAUUAUUAAAAAAAGCAGGCGAUAGACAUUAAAGAAGAUUCCUUUUUUCACGCUAUAGAUUAGCUUCACUGUAACUAUAUAUGAAAGAAAAUCUUAGAAUCUUAAUUUGACUUCCCGGUCUUCGAUUAGGAUGAAAUUUUGCACACGCUCUGAGUUCUGAUGACAAUACUUGACUAGCUUAGAAACGUCAUUACAAAUCCAAUAUGGCGGCCUUCCCAGGAUGGCGCACUGGCUGUUUGAAAUCCACCCCCAUGAUAUGGAUAUCAAAUGAAAGGGUUUGCUGUCAGGAAUACGAACAAAAUAGUCACUUGAUUUAAAUCCAAUAUUUGUAAUUUUUAGUGCGUGCUAAAAGCGUGUUUUUUAGUUUUUUAAACUAUUUAAAGUUAUUCAUUCAGAGCUGACAAGAAACCUAACAACAAAUAUGAAAAAAAGUACAAAAUAAAAACAAAUAAAGCUCGCUGCGUACGAGACAUGUUACGGGACGGUACAGGACAAGUUUUGGAAACAAAUUAUUAUUUCAUACAACUUUCUCCUUUUUUUUUAAUUCGAUCGGAAAUACAUACUAAAAUGUAUAGUUAUAUUAUUACUAAUAAUUACCCUACCAAGUUGUAUUUUCCUUUUACUAGUAUGUAUCUCAAUGUAUGAUCAUUACAUUAGUCUCAUGAUGAUUAAAAUGAUGAUGAAGAUGAUGAUGAUGAUGAUGAUGAUGAUGAUGAUGUAGAUUGUAUAAUAAAGGCGGUUUAAAAUAUAUUGCAAUUAACUGAUCUGUUGUAUUUUCUUUUAUAUAAAGUUAAAUGAUAUAGAUACUUCUGUAUACAUUUUUUACAACAUAUGAAUUCUUGUUGUUCAACAACAAACGUAGGUUUGAUUCCCAGCUCGGGUCAGUUUAGGAUUUGAUAAUUUAUAAUAUACUCAGAGGCACAAUUAUUCGCCCAUUUCAGUAUACUCGCGCAUAUUAAUGUGGGCGGAUAAUUGUGCCUCUGAGUAUAGAUUUGACAAUACUAAGUUGUAGGUCAUGUGAACUAUUUUUAUUAGUUAAAUGUUUUUAAACUACGUAUUUACUUUUAUUAGCUAUACUCGUUGUGCACUGUUUACCAACAAGCAAAUUAAAAACCUACCACAACACCGUUUAAUAAUAAUAACUAGCUGUAACCGCGCGGUUUCACCCGCGUGGUUCCCGUUCUCGUAGGAAUAUAGGGAUAAUAUUCAGCCUAUAGCCUUCCUCGGUAAAUGGGCUAUCUAACACGGAAAGAAUUUUUCAAAUCGGAUCAGUAGUUCCUGAGAUUAGCGCGUUCAAUCAAACAAACAAACUCUUUAGCCUUAUAAUAUUAGUAUAGAUUAUAAUUAUUUUGUUCUUAAUGAAAUAAUUAGAUAUACUUAAUAUAUUUUGCGUUUUCUAUCUUUAUUUCUGAUUUAUUUGUUGGUAAAAAGUGUACAUCGUUAAUGGCUCUAGUAUUAAAGUAUAAUAAUUUUUAAGAUGGUUCCAAAUUUUAUUAAUUAAUAAUUAUGUAGGUAUAUGAUAUAUGAUAUGAAAGUAGAUUUCUUCCCUUUUGUAUUACUUAUUAUAAGAUAGCUUGUACUUCAUGUUGUUUAAAUAAAUAAAUUAAAUGUAUAA